AUAAAUAAAGGCUCCUAGUUUCACAUUCCAUGCAGUACUUUUCUUUGCUAUAACCCUAAACCAUGGCUCUCUCUAAGCUUCUAGUUGCAUCCCUUCUGCUAUCCUUUGUCCUCUUCCAUCUCGUUCAUGCUGAUCAACCGGUAGCCGCACAGACUGAGGGUUCUUUUGUUCAGCAGAUAGAUUGCAAUGCCGCAUGUGGUGCGAGGUGCCGUUUAGCAUCUCGUCAGCGCAUGUGCCACAGAGCCUGUGGAACUUGCUGCAGACGGUGCAACUGCGUACCACCGGGAACUUCCGGUAACCAAGAAGUGUGUCCCUGCUAUGCCAGUCUCACCACCCACGGUGGCAGACGCAAGUGCCCUUAGAAAGUUCAACGCCAUCGCCAUCUCAUGCAUGAUGCAUGAUGCAUGAUGCAUGACGAAUCUUAUUAUACUAUAUAUGCAUCGUUUCGUUUGCAAUGUCAUCAUCGUAUUUUACGUGCUAUAAAAUUUCAAUAUGUGUGUGCCAAGACGUACUAGCGUCGCCGCAAAAUAAACUAUAUAUGCAUGUUUAAUCUUUGUGAGAGAGUCUGCGAGUACAAUAAUACAUAAAGUAUUGGAUUGUGAUAUAA